GCCCACUACAGUUGCGUUGAUCUGGUCGCAAAAGUCAGUUGCUUUCCGGCGUUCGCGGCACUCGGUGUGCACACUUUUUGGCAAGAAAGGUGGCUCCUUUUGCUUAACUUGUUAAUAAUCCGGCUUGCUUGAUCGAACUGAACUAACUCGGUAGUGAAAAAAUUGGCGAGCUUCGCGCGAUAAGCUCCCAAGUUGCGGGCUGUUUUAAGCAGAAACACCAGGCGACUCCAGUGUGACAAAUUUUUGCGGUGUUUUGUGACAAAAGUUGGAGAAGAAGAAUUGUGGCUAAGGUUGGGAAAGUUUGAAUAAAUUUUGUGAAAAGUGAAUUUAAGUCGAAAAGAGAGAAAAUCUCGACACAAGUUUCGAGUUUCGUGGCUCCAAAGUGAAGAAAUGGAAAUUUUUGUGUCAAAAGUUUGAAAAAGUUGAAAAAAUCUGUUGAUUUAAAAAAGUGUUUUAAAGAAGAAGAAGAAAAAGUCGUGAAACAUAACAUUCAAACAAGAGCAGAGGAUUUAGUGGCUUGCGACGACAAGUGUGACCGGAAUAUCUAAGGUUUGUUCAAAACAAUUACAUCAUUUUAGGAAGCAGUGUUCUUUGUCCCCUCUCUUCUCCAAAAGGAGCUCCUCACGCUCAGCAUAUCCAAUCGAUAAGGCUCAUUAAUUACAGAGCCCAACAAACGCGCAUUAGUUCGAUUUAGCGCGCCGCGCCAAAACCAACCAAAACCAAAGGAAACUUUUGCUCUCCCCUUUUGCCCACGUGAUAGCAGGCACGUGAGAGGCAAAACAUUGCCAACGGUUUUUUGCCAAUACAACGCAACACCGGCACAGAUGAAUUGCACGGCUUGAAAGCUCACCACUGUGCGUAGAGAUUAAUCGUAGAAUUAAAUUAGGAGAUUCCCACGGGAAAAAUAUGCACCAACACAGAAGGAUGAAGCACGUGACAGCUGCGGUAGUGGCACUUUGCUGCCUACUACCAACGUUUCUGCUUGUCCAAGCUCAACCCCAGCACCCCGCACAGCAGCAGCAGCGGUUCUCCCGGAGUGAGACCGACCUGCACGGAGCGCUGGCCCCGAACGCCGGCGAGCACAUCUCCGGGCGGCGCUUCAAGCGCAUGUACGCCAUGUGUCCGCCGCACUUUUUCCGCAUCGGCAACGAGUGCUACUACAUCUCGCAGAACAAGCAAAACUGGCUGGACGCCCACUUUGAGUGCAAAGAUCGGAACAGCAAGCUGGCGGAGCCGAUGAAGUACGACGACAAGAACCUGCGCAAGUUCCUGACCGCGUCCAAGGCCAAGAACUACAUCUGGAUCGGUGGCAACUACAACUGGCGCGCCAACAAGUGGCAGUGGGGCUACAACGGCAAGGACAUCGGCUACCAGUCGUUCAGCCAAAUGGUUCCAGGGAGCAGCCAGGAUCUGAAGUACCACUGUGCAGUGCUUAACCCUGACCUCCGCUUCAGGUGGUCAGCUAAGCUAUGCACAGAAAAGUUAAACUUCGUCUGCCAGCACAAGAUGCCGUUCGUGAACAGCCACAGUCGGACCAAGGUGUACACCCGGUGGAACGCGACCUUCCCGAACGAGUUGGCGAACGAGGUGGAGGUCGUGGUAGCGGAUCAACCGCACAGCAGUCGGAAGAAUGACUACUACAGCACAAUUAACACGACUACGGUAGCCCCGGUGGUGCUGUACAACCGCAUCCGCGGCAUGAAGCAGUCCAACCGGACGCUCCGCAUCCGCCCUUCGCGCCGCCGGCCAAACCGCAACAAGCUGCUGCCCAAGAACGACUACAUCAGCAACGACGUGUACCGGCGACCGGUCGUCGAGUACGUCCAGGACCACAACAACAACAACUACCUUAACGGCAACGGAAACGGCUACCGCAACGGCUUCAAGCCGACUGGCUUCAACGUGGACAUCCACCGGCAGCGGCUGUCCGGCCACAAGAAGCACAAGCUAAACGACGUCAACGGUGAGUACCGGCCGCACCAACACCGGCACCACCUCGGCGAGGCACGACCCGUAACGUCGGCGGCACCUCCGGCGACCACGACGCUACCCGCUACAACAACGACCACAACCACAACCACCACUACAACUCCGGCGCCCCAAACCCUCCCGACCGAGGCGCUCCAGGUCGCGGCCACCGAACGGGCCGAGUACGGGCAGCUGUCGCACGACGAGAAGAAGAACCGCCGGGCACGGCUGCGGGAACGUCUCGGCCGGCUCACCGACGAGGAGCGCGAGCAGUUCUACGCCGAGCGGGCCAAGCGAAAACGGGGCAAGAAGGCGCGCGCCCAGAACGAAACCAUUCCGUAAGAAGAGCAGGGUGUAGUCGGUGUUCAGAAGAAGCGUUGCCGCGAGAGUCCUUCGUUGAACGUGCAAGGGUUGAGGACGGGUAGGGAGAAGACCCAAGGUCUGCUGCGGACUUAUUCGGACCCCAUGGACUCUCGAUUGACCAAUCUAACACAGCAAGAAGAUAUGAUGGGGAGGAAGAGAGGUAUAAUAUUACAAAUAAGCGGUUCCUAUGUCUGUUUCUAGCGGAGGUAAGCUCUUGGAUAUUCGGAAGUUACUAGUAAGGUUAAGGUAAUUCGAAUAUCCGGUCAAAUGGAUAGCUAUCAGACGUCACAAUUUCUGAGAAUCUACCACAAAAACAGCUCAUCAGAAGAUUAAAUCUCAGAAAAAUAACAAUUUAAUAUAUAAUUUUAACUUCAAUAUGCAAUUGGACAAAUUGGAUAAAAAAUCUUUGUCUAAAAUCAAGAACUUAAAUAAAUCAGUAUUCCAAAUAUGAACUCAAAAAUUUAUUCCAGUUUUUUUGUGUUGACCCGGCAUGCCUGAGUCCUGCUUCUAUCCACUAAUUUUAAUGUUUUAGUUUUUUUUUCAAAUGUCACGUAUCCCGGGCAGACGGUAACAAAAAAAUUAAUGCCAUUUCAAUAACAAAUACUGUUAAAAUAACAGAAAGUGUUAUGAAAUCUUUUUGA